UGGACCACCGGCAAAUGCUCGGCUCGGAAUGAAAUUUCGCCAGUGGCAGAGUCGGGAUAAUUUUGGAACACUCAUCUCGGACGAAACACGGCUGUGUUUCACGUAUCCGUGGCAGUUUCGCGUCGAGAAUGGUUUCUCGCACGUCGCCGUCGCGACGUCAAAUCUGACGAGUCGGUAUAUAUUCGUUCUUAAAAAACGCUGAACCGAUCCCGGAAACGAAUUCCAACGAUUCCAACGAUCGCCUCCGGCCACGGAAAACUCCACGGCGACGAGCGAAAUAUUAAUAAUCAGCCAUGAAAUCGAUGGCGGCGCGACCGAACGUGAAAACUGUACGCGCCUUGCGCUCGUUCGCUUCGACAAGAGGGAAUGUUUUUUAGAGAACUUUCAAGAUGCGUCGAUUAAGUGAUCGAGUGUAGAGAGAAUUGGAGGGGGGAAGAAAAGGUGCAUGGAGUGGCCGGGAAAAGAAAUUUAAGGCUCGGCGGUUCGGACCGGAAACCAGGAUGCCGCGGCCACGACCGGAAGCGUUCGAUCUAAUGGUGGAGGCCGAGAAACCGUCUAAGUGCAUCAGGUUCCUCCGGUUCCUCUGGAAAUUCUUCAGAUGCGUUUUCUCCCACGUGUUCCUGAUCUCGCUGGUCGUGUUGUACUGCGUCAUCGGCGCCUAUGCGUUCGAAGCGCUCGAGGCGGCGCACGAGAAAGAGAUAAGGAACAGCAUCAAGGACAUCAGAAGAGACGUGGCGGAGCAACUAUGGAAGAUCACGAACGAUGGGGACGUCUUGAUUCGCGAGAAUUGGACGGACAGAGCGUUAUGGCAGCUGAAGACUUUCGAGAACAAUCUGGUGUGGAUGAUGGAGAAGGAGGGCUGGGAUGGCAGAGAGGGAGAGGACGACAUUCAAUGGACGUUCGCCGGUGCAUUAUUUUACUCGAUCGUGGUGAUUACAACGAUCGGGUACGGCCACAUCGCUCCGAAGACCAAGAACGGGAAAGUCGUGACCAUAUUUUACGCCAUCUUGGGGAUACCCCUGAUGCUGCUCUGCCUCUCCAACAUUGGAGACAUCAUGGCGUCGAGUUUCAGGUUCCUUUAUUGGAGAGUCUGCUGCUACGUGUGCACAAAGCCGCCGAAGAAGAGGCGACCGAGGCCCCAUUUCGGCAGAUCCUAUUCUGUGCGGCAGCCAGGACGGUAUGGCGGAAGUAGAGGCGGCUUUCGACGGUCCGUAAGGAUCAGCCAGAGAUCCGCAGAUUCGGCGCUCGGGCUGUCCGAUUGUAUGACUAGGUCCUCGUUCUCCGACGUGGACAGCAAGUACAAUUCCCGGCGCUACGAGGACAUGGAGCAGAAGCGUCUGAAUCUUUAUCAACCCCCAGGAAGCCUCAGCCCAAAUAUAGGAUUCAAAUCCGCAACGAUUUCCCGAUACUCGGAUCUGCCUGUCGAGCCGCCGAGAACAACUGCAGCCGGCCCCAAGAUGACACAAUCGCUGGACAGACGAUUGUUAAUGAACCGUGCGCCCAACGACACGGAUCGUUCCCCGGUCCUGUGCAACAAAUACGCUCUGAACGACCUGGAGAACGAGUUGCAACAAUGGCAAACUUCCGCGAGGAACGGAGUAAGCGAUAACUCGAGGAAACUGCAAGAAGCGGAAGUGAUAGAAAACGGCGACCAUGUCGAGAAGCAAGCCUCGUAUAACUCAAGGUCGCUGCCAAGAAGGUGUCUGUCUGUCGAGGGUGCCACCACGAACUACAAAACGAACCUAGCGGCACCCCUGCGACCGUCCUCUACUUACGCGGAAAUGGAAAACUGGAGGAGACAUCCUGCCUCUAGAGUCAGGCGUUAUAGAAGCAAUUAUCCUGUUGCUCGUUCGUACAGGCGGGACACACUGCCCGCGGACAUAAUGCCAGCCACGGGUCUCCCUAUUCACAGGCAAUAUUACGCCGACGAUUUUGAUUCGGACUACGAGUACUAUACGACCACGGAAGACGACAGACAGCCGAUAAAACCGGUGCCUAUUUGGCUGUGCGUGUUCCUCGUGGUCAGUUACAUAUUCGGCGGUGCGUUCCUCUUCAGCGCCUGGGAACAAUGGCCCUUCCUCGAUUCCGCUUACUUCUGCUUCAUCACGCUCACCACCAUUGGGUUCGGAGACUUCGUCCCGGCGUACAAGCUCGACGCGCACAGAGGUAUCGCGGUUUGCUCGUUGUACCUGUUAUUUGGGAUCGCUCUGUUGGCGAUGAGCUUUAAUCUGGUGCAAGAGGAGGUCAUCAACAACGUGAAGAACGUCGCGAAGAGCCUCGGCAUCAUCAAAGAGAGUGACGACGAGGAAGAACCCGACGACUACGACGCGUACGACGCUGAAUACAACGACGAAGUCGACAACGAGCUCGAGGACUAUGUCCUCGAUACCCCUCGAUGUCACUCGAUGCCGAGGAACGCUCGCGGAAUCUCCGUCGCGUAGCCCGCCACGCCCCGAAUUUCUUUUAUUUACCGACAACACCCUCCGUUCUAUACCACCUGCCGACGCCCACGCAGCCUUUCGGGACUGCUCGGUUUAUCCCGUCGAGACUGUAUUUACGAGAUUCGCUGACACUGGAACUCCCCGGAUCCGCCGAAAUCACGGAUCUCGCGACUACCACUUCAGGUACAAUUGUCCCAAUGCGUCGCUCCAUUAACCCAUCAUGGACGACGCGUAAUUCACAUGUAGCUUUGCUCCAUCUAUCAUAGCUGGGUUAACCCUGGAACGACCCCUUGGGCUUGACGACGGUCACGCGACAUUUUUAUGUUAUCUGGGGACGUGUAAAU